UACAUUUCCCAGAGUUCCAAGGGAUCGCUGCGCAGGCGCACUUGGAAAACUCGGCGUCUCUCUCCUCCGCAGAAACAGGCAGGUCAUUGCCGUCCUGCCCCAGCCUGUCCUCCUGUCCUCCUUGUCCCGCAGUCUGAACUCCAGUAGUUCUCCUCGUGUAUGUGUGUCGCUGCAGGCUGGACUUAUGGCCUCGCCGUUGAGGUUCGACGGGCGGGUGGUACUGGUCACCGGCGCGGGGGGAGGAUUGGGCCGAGCCUAUGCCCUGGCUUUUGCAGAAAGAGGUGCAUCAGUUGUUGUGAAUGAUCUAGGAGGGGACUUCAUGGGAGUUGGUAAAGGCUCCUUAGCUGCUGAUAAGGUUGUUGAAGAAAUAAGAAGGAAAGGCGGAAGAGCAGUGGCCAACUAUGAUUCAGUGGACGCAGGAGAGAAGGUUGUGAAGACAGCACUGGAUGCUUUUGGAAGAAUAGAUGUUGUGAUCAACAAUGCUGGAAUUUUGAGGGACCGUUCCUUUGGUAGAAUAAGUGAUGAAGACUGGGAUAUCAUCCAGAGAGUUCAUUUGCGGGGCUCAUUCCUGGUGACCCGGGCAGCGUGGGAUCACAUGAAGAAACAGAAAUUUGGAAGGAUCAUCAUGACUUCAUCGGCUUCAGGAAUAUAUGGCAACUUUGGCCAGGCAAAUUAUUGUGCUGCAAAGCUGGGUCUUCUGGGCCUUUCAAAUUGUCUUGCAGUUGAAGGCGAGAAAAGCAACAUUCAUUGUAACACUAUUGCCCCUACUGCUGGAUCACGGUUGACCCAGAACAUUUUGCCUGAUGAUCUUCUGGAAGCUCUGAAGCCAGAUUACGUGGCACCCCUGGUCCUCUGGCUUUGCCAUGAGAGUUGUGAGGAAAAUGGUAGCUUGUUUGAGGUUGGAGCAGGAUGGAUUGGAAAAUCACGAUGGGAGCGGACCCUUGGAGCCAUUGUAAGACAGAGGACUCAGCCAAUGACUCCUGAGGCGGUGAAGGCUAACUGGACGAAGAUCUGUGACUUUGAUAAUGCCACCAAGCCUCAGAGAAUUCAAGACUCAAUUGACGGUAUAAUUGAAGCUCUAAAUAAAAUAGAUUCAGAUGGAGGAGUUUCGGCAAAUCAUACCAGUAAUGUGACAUCAACAGCUACAUCAGGAUUUGCUGGAGCUAUUGGCCAUAAACUUCCUCCAUUUUCUUCUUCUUAUACGGAACUGGACACUAUUAUGUAUGCCCUUGGAGUGGGAGCAUCUCUCAAGGAACCGAAAGAUUUGAAAUUUAUUUAUGAAGGGAGUUCUGAUUUCUCCUGUUUGCCUACCUUCGGAGUUAUUCUAGCUCAGAAAUCUAUAAUGGGUGGAGGAUUAGCAGAGAUUCCUGGGCUCUCAGUCAACUUGGCAAAGGUUCUUCAUGGGGAGCAGUACUUGGAGUUAUAUAAACCACUUCCCAGAGCAGGAAAAUUAAAAUGUGAAGCAAUUGUUGCUGACGUCCUGGAUAAAGGAUCCAGUUUAAUAAUUCUUAUGGAUGUCUACUCUUACUCUGGGGAGGAACUUAUAUGUUAUAAUCAGUUCUCCAUCUUUGUUGUUGGCGCUGGAGGCUUUGGUGGAAAACGGACGUCAGACAAAGCUAAGGUAGCUGUAGCCAUACCUAAUAGACCUCCUGAUGCUGUACUUACAGAUACCACCUCACUUAGUCAGGCUGCUUUGUACCGCCUCAGUGGAGACUGGAAUCCCUUACACAUUGAUCCUGACUUUGCUAACUUAGCAGGUUUUGACAAGCCCAUAUUACAUGGAUUAUGUACAUUUGGAUUUUCUGCCAGGCAUGUUUUACAGCAGUUUGCAGAUAAUGAUGUGUCAAGAUUCAAAGCAAUUAAGGUUCGUUUUGCAAAACCAGUAUAUCCAGGACAAACUCUACAAACUGAGAUGUGGAAGGAAGGAAAUAGAAUCCAUUUCCAAACCAAGAGAUUUUCCAAGAAGCAGGAAGAUUGAAUCUCAUCAGCAAACCCUCACAAGGCUGAAGUUGUCCUCUCUUCACUCUCUCGGUGCCUGAAACUUUAAGUCAUUCUGCAGUGCCUUUUCAAAUUGGGACCCGCCUCAGUCCAUGUGGUAUUUCUAAUGAAAGCAGUGACUUCUGGGAGGCUACCUCAUCCCGUGCACCAAUCUUCCCACUGGAUCAUCCUGGCCACUACCUCAAAAUGAGGUGUCUCUAAUUCUAGAGUGGAAUCAGGAGGAUCCAGAUGCAUUGCCACUUAUAACUGGUAUAAAUUACAGCCCACAAGCAGAGGUGUGCAAGAAAUAGUACGAAAAUUUUUUUAUAACUCCAUGUAAUUUGUAUUUGAAGCCUUGAUCCUGCUGGUGUCCUGUUUGGAUUUCCGCCAUCCCUAUUUGGAAGUCAUACAGGGCCAAGGUUUUGAGGGAGUGGGUGGAAGGAUGAUCAUUGUGGACUGGAGCCCACAGUUGUAAGUGUAGAUGCCCAUCAGCUCGGGGGCCGUGCCUCCUGUAGGUUUGGUGGCUCCUGUGCCAUGCGUGGGACAGGUUGCCAUGAUUCUGCUUGUAUGCACACUACAGCCAUCUCCUUUUGGAAUUUUUGCUCCAUUUACCCCUCCAGCCACACUUGAGAGGCCUUUUCUCCUCCAGGAUUUACAGACAUCUCUCUCUGACUUAAUUAGCACAUUUCAACACUCCAGUAGGGAAACAAGACAGUACCUAAUUUCAAAAACCUGCUUCUGUUAUGUUUCUGCUCAAGUAUCCUCUCUUUUCCAUGGAGUUUGCGAUUUUAGAAAUAAAAGCCAAGAUGAUCAGCAUGCUAUUUCUGCUAUGCCCUGCCGGGCUCUUCCACUGGCCAGUGAACAUAGGGUCUGCUACCCACUUGAAUGCAGAAGGGAAAACGUGAAAUAAAGGAAGAAAAGGAAAAAAA